UGCUGUCGACGCUUAAUCGGUCGCCGUUUAUGGUGAACAGAUAGUCUGGGGUCGGACGUGCGUGUUGUAGGUAUUAAAUUGGUGGCGGCGAGGUGCAGUACGAAUCAAAAUAAACAUUGUGUUUGCUACAGCUGGCAACGGUUGUUGGUUGUUGACUGCUGUCACGUACGCUUUGCACAGACUUUUGGAUGAAGUUCCGCGUAAAACUCAUUAUUAACUAAUUAUACGUAUUUAAUUUAGCACGUUACUGUCGUUUAGUGGCGAUUUUAACAGUGUGUUAAGAUGUCAUCGUCGAAAUCCAGCGUUGAUGAUCUCCUGGGAGAAUCCUGGGUGGACGUGACGGUGGGCUCGACCGGCGGCGGCACGCCGGGCUCCAUCACCCAACAACUGAACGUCGAAGACUAUCUGAGACUGCUCAAGGAGGCACAAGAAUCCAAUCAGUCGUCCGCCAGGGUCUCGUUGGCGGGAUCGCGAAGGGACUCGCCGAGAAGUAGCCCUAAAUCGCCCCCCAACAGCCCCGUACAAGGCACACCCCUAAAUUUAGAAUGGCAAUCCUACUACAUGAACUCCGAAGCCAAGGAGGAUUCCGAUUUCUUUAACGACUGGAGCAGCCGCCCCGAUCAGCUGCCGCCGAAGAACUGGAGCUUCAGAGCGCCGAAACGCGACCUGCUCAGCAUCCGGUACGCGAGGGUGGGCAACGACAGCGUGUUCUCGCGCAAGGGCCUCUGCACCCUGUUCUUGACCAAUCUGAUUUCGCUCAUAUUGGGCACCGGCGUCGGCCUGUGGCUCAGCAAGCACGGCUUCUUCGUCCCGGCCAUCAAGGUCCGCUAAUCGUGUAACCGACUGUAUUUUUUUAUUUUAUGUUUAAUUAUUAUUAUUAUUAUUAUUGUUUUAUUUUAGUUUCGUUCGAUUUAAUUAUUUUUGUAAAGGGGGACAGAGUACUCGUGACGAAUGUGUGCCGGUCGAAUUGUACAACAGGGUGAUUUUUAAUUGUGAUUUUUUCGGGGGGCGGGUUGCAAUGUGUUUGAUGAACAAUUGCCAAAUUUUCGCACGUUCGGCGCACACAUUUUUUACGGGGGACUUGUAGAAAUUUUUGUAUAUGCCUAUGUAAUUAUUUUCUAUUUGUGGCUUCUGAAUGCUGCCUUGUGACUGAGACUGGGGUUUUCUACUAUUCGUAGGGAGUGGGAACAUGAUUUUCCACUUUAAAAAUGCUUAUUUUAUAUUACCUACCUUAUAAAAAAUAAAAUCUAUUUAUGUCUUAUUUGUCUGAUGUAUUUCACUGUGGAAUCUGUACAAUAUCUCGAAAAUUUAAGUAUUACUCUUGCUCUAAUGAAUUCACCAGUGUUGAUUUUUUUUUUUUGCCUUAUUCGUAACGUCCAAUUUAAUAACCGAUCUUUAUAUUUGUAACAAGUAAAUAUACUUAACCGAUCAGUGGUUUUAGUUGGAUAGGUUUAUUCUAUUUUUGUAAUAUUGUAGUUUUUUAGUAAACACGUUUUUAAUAACAUUUAACAGAAGUGGAAAAUAUUUGUUUUUUUGAGAAAUUGUAUGAAAAUUUGUUUCACUAAUGGAACAACAAUAUGCCAUGUUAAGUUUGAUAUUUUUUAUCAAUUUUGUAGUCUAGGAUUAUGUUCUAUUGGUGUUACUGAUACAACAAAAAAAUUAAUUUUAUUACUCCUUAGAUAUAGUGAAAAUAUUUGUGUUUUCAAAUAAUCACAAGUAAAAUUUUAUAAGUCCAGAA